AUGACUAUCAUCAUUGAAGACUACCAGUUACCCGACGAAACCCACAACCUCUACGAUGUCAACUUCUGCAACGAUAGGAUCCACACACUGGUCACACACAGUCCCUCCUACGUCGACAUGUGGAUUUACGAAACUGAAUCGAUCCACCACCGUCGUCUCCACCGUCUCAUUGUCGGCCUCGACGUCGAGUGGCGUCCCAACUUCAAUCGCUACGUCGAAAACCCAGUCGCCACUCUCCAACUCUGCGUGGGUCGUCGCUGUCUCAUCUUUCAACUGAUCCAUUGCUCUGAAAUUCCUCAGUCUCUUGUGGAUUUUCUUGGAAAUUCCAACUAUACUUUUGUGGGUGUUGGGAUUGAGAGCGAUGUUGAGAAGUUGAUGGGGGAUUAUGGUUUGGGGGUGCUCUUUACUGUUGAUGUGCGUGGCUUGGCGGCCAAUGAUUAUGAUAUGAUAGAGCUUCGCAAUGCUGGGUUGAAAGAUUUGGCGAGACAGGUGCUUGGCAAGGAGAUUGAGAAGCCGAGAAGGGUGACUAUGAGUAGGUGGGAUAAUCAGUGGCUCACCUCUGAACAGGUAGGGUAUGCUUGUGUUGAUGCUUUUGUUUCUUUUGAGAUUGGGAGGGUUUUGAAUGCUGCAGGGUAUUAG